CACAGUGAGCCGCCUAGCCCUAUGAUCUAUUUUUAUUUGUUGUUUAACCUCCUUGUUUAGACAAAUCACCACAAUUUAAACACAAUAUCAGUAUUUGUUGCAGGCUGGAGAUGAUUAGCACGCCAUGACACAUGACACGAUGGUAACUGGAUGGGUGGGUUACAAAAUAGCAGAUAAUUCGAUAUCAGAUAUUCAAAGCAGGUUCAUUUGUAAGUCAACGAAAGCAAUGAGAUAAAAAAAAAAAAAAAAAUAAUCCAGUGACAUUUUCAAAGAAAUAAAAAAAAAUCUUGAUUUAAUGUGAUGUAGAAAAAUGCGAUUUUAACGGGUUCGUGUAUCGCGGAUGUGAAGCAGAUUUCUGGCGGAGGAAGAACCAGUUGACAGCAAAGUCUGCUUCUUGUCACGUGACCAAAAAAUUAAACUCCGGGACGGAGCAAAUGAGCGCCGCCUGGUGUUUCUAGAUAUGACCUCUCGCAAAAUCUCGCCACGCGCUUUCCACGCCAGGGCGCAUGCGCGGGACGUGCCGUUGUCAGAAUGCUUGGCAUUGACAGCCCAUCCAGCGAUGCGGGCUUUUUUUUUUUUUUUCCAAACAUAUUAAAGGUCCAGAUUGACUAGUCAUCUGCGUGAGUCAGCCUCCUCGAUAUACGACAGGCCGUGAAGUUUGAGAGGCGACCGCGGUGUCUACUCCCAGACGGAUCCUCAGCAUCAUUAAAGCAGAAGGAGUGAGGCCGAUGGUGACUGAACGAUGUUUGACGAUCAUCGAGGCUUGGAGAUGAGGAAGGGGUCUUGGUCAAAGACUAACUAUCGUGACCCGAGGGAACAGCACAAAGGCACUCUCAUGACAGGAUCAGUUCACGCUGACGCGUCUUCCGCACCACCACAGCCUUCAACUCCACAUGAAGAUCCAGCGAGGCGGCAUCUGCCUUUGUCUCCAGCACUGGGGUUUGGUUCACGGUCGACCUGCAGCACGCCUGAACAUGUCUGCAUGCAUCAAUUGUGGCUGCAGUAUCAUUCCCGCCAUGCCAAGCGUCUCAGAGCCUGCGACAUUAUCUUGGUCACGGGUCGUCUGCAAGUCGCCGCGUGACAGACGGCACUGCUCUCUGUAGGUCUCUGGUUACCGUCUACCUUUACUUACUGCAUGACCUUUUGUCUAUUUCUUUACACAUCUUGAUGGAGCCACACAGACUGAAGACCACUUUGCAAA